AUGUCUGAUCUUGAAGAUGAAAUUAAAGUCCUUAAAGAGACAAAUAAUGAAUUGGUACAAAAAGUACAGUAUUGGAAGAUGACCGCCGCGCAACGAGAAAAUGAAAAACUGGAGCUUAUGAAAGAAAUUAAUGAACUUAGAUUAAAGCUAAGUAGGAUAAGAAGUGGCGGAGCGGCGCAGGUGCGUCAGCUAGAUGCAGCUUUACAGGCUGCCAGCCAGGAGGCACUUACCCACUUGGUACAAGCCUCAAGCGCUGUUGCUCGGACAAUGGACCUCGCAAAAGCUUACAUGAGGGACAGACAAGAGUUGGAUGCUGCUUCGCCACGCUGGAGCUCUAUCAGCGGCACUCCUGCGUCAGAGAAAGUGAAUAGAGUUCCACCGAUGUUGAUUGGUGGCCAAUCAAUUCAGCCGGUGGUAUCGCUUAGCAGAACCUUGGUCUAUAAUAGAAGCACACGUACUCUAAACAGAAGCCCAAAUCAACAAACCCGUAAUGUUACUGAGCGGGCUGUGCCUAUCCAUAUGUUACAAGAUUUAUACAUACCAUUGACAAGGAUAGAUGCAACAGAAACACUUCGCAACAUGGAAACUGAUGCAGGUUCAAAUAAUAGAGAUGAUAGCACUGAAGACCUUGGCCUAGAUGAUAGCAGUGAACAUGUUAUUGAUGAGUCGCAAAACAUGUCUGAUAUUGACGAGUUCGAGAACUCAAGGAGACUUGAAGCAGUUACCGAAGACUUGGAGCCAGAAGAUGAGGAACAAACACCUCCAUCUGUUCCAAGGACAAGAUCAGAAAACCCAUUGGAAGGUCCAAGCUGGCUGUUGGAUAUACAAAAUACGCAGCCGAGGAGAGAAAAAUUUCUCGUCAACUUGGAACCAGACUCCACAACGGAACUGCAGGAGAGUGGGCACCCAAGCACCGCUUCACCAGCAGUAGAAACACAGGGCUCGCGGCUGGCGGUGGCUGUGGCGGGCGUGGGGUGCGAGUUCUCCCCGACGGUGCGCCGCCGCAAGCGCACCUCGUCGCCCCCCGCCCCCGCCCCCGCCCCCGCCCCCGGCCCCGCCACGCCCCACUACUCGCCGCGACCCAACAGCACCGGCGGGCGUGUGCUCAAAGUGAUGGUGGCGAAGUUGAGAUUGGAGGAGAACGAGGAAGGGAGUGGGGACGCGUCGCCCCCCAAGAGGGCGAUGCGGGACACGUCGCCCCCCAACAGGGCGAUGCGGACCACUUCGCCCCCAAAUAGGGCGAUUCCGAACACGUCGCCCCCCAAGAGGGCGAUACGAGAGCCCUCCCCAGCCGGUGGGUCCAGCCCGUCGCUGCCGGACAGGUCACCGCGAGAGCCCUGCAGGAAGGACCGGUCGCCGAGGAGGCUGAUGCGCUUCGACGCGCCCAGCCCCAACGGCGCGACAGACGCCCGAGUCAUAGUCUCAGAAACGAAAAGCGCGCCGUGUGGGUCCGGCGAGCCGAGCGGCACGUCGAAGGCGGCAAGCGGCCGCGACACGAGCGGCACGCGCGUCACGGAUCGCGACACGCGCGUCACCGAUCGCGACACGCGUGACACGGAGCGCGACACGCGUGACACGGAGCGCGACACGCGUGACACCAGCACCGGCAGUCGGCGAGAUCGCAUGAGCCGUCGCGACGCAUGCGAGAGUGACGCCCGCGACAGCGAUAGCAGCACCGAGAGAACGGAGGGCCGAACGCGCCGGCCCAGGAAAGCGGUCACUUACAAGGAGAAGCCGCUCAACAGGAAGUUACGGAGG